UUCCUUCUUCUGUGCCACCUCCGUGGGUGACACGAAUGGCCUGAGUCCAGGAAGAGGUGGGGACCAGCAUCGCCAACUCAGCAGCUUCCAGGUGCUCUGAUGGCAUAUAAGGCUCCUGGGCCUGCAAGGUAUCCAGGAGGAGGACGCCGGCUGUGAGCAGACAGCGGAGCAGAGGACGCAGAGCCAGGGACAGUGAGGGGACUGAGACAGGGAGGCCAGCGCAGCGCCCAGGACCAGAUAGCUGAUGGACAGCAACACCUUCACUGCGAACUUCAACAAUACAGAAUUGCCGCAUGAGACCUGCCUGUGCUAUGAGGUGGAGCUCCCAGAUGGUGACUCCAGGGUCCCGCUGGACCAGGACAAGGGCUUCCUGCAAAACACGGUGACUGACCAGCCUGACGGCAGCAGGGGGCAGCUCCCAGUCCAGGGACCUUCAGGGGAGAAGCUUCUCGGUGCUCACGGGGUGUCCCACAGAGCCCUCUCACCUUUGUUCCCACAGCUGCUGCGGCUCCACCUGGAGUCGGGGGGUAGGGACCGUUUCUGCCGUGAUUGGCAGCUUCUCUUCAUCUCCCCCCGCGGGGCCGGCCCGCCUCUCAUCUCCCACGCAGAGACGCACUUCCUGGACCUGAUCCGUUCUUGGGAGCUGGACCGGGCGCUGCACUACACGGUCACCAUUUUCAUCUCCUGGAGCCCUUGCGCUCCCUGUGCUAAGAAUCUGGCUGAGUUCCUGAGGGAGAACUCACACGUGAGCCUGCGCAUCUUCGCUUCCCGCAUCUAUAGCCGCUCAGACUACUAUAAGAAGGGACUGCGCACACUGCAGGCGGCUGGGGCCCAAAUUGCCAUCAUGACCUCCCAGGAGUUCAAGCACUGCUGGGAAACCUUCGUGCACCACCAGGGAAGACCCUUUCAGCCCUGGAAUGGGCUGGAUUACACCAGUGGCAAGCUGUCCCGGGACCUGCAGGGCAUUCUCCAGUAG